GUUGAUAAAGUUAUUUCUUCAUUUUAUAGUUUUCAGUUCACACUUUUAUAUACGUUGAUACAACUAUUAGUAUUUUUUAAUAAUAUAUAUUAUAUUUACAAAAAAAAUUAUGGCUCAAAAUAAAAUGAACGACUUUGUGAAUAAAAUGGGUGCAUCUAAAGGUUUAAGUAUUGGAGUUAAACUUGCUGCUGGUGUUGGUGCAGUAGCUUAUGGUUUAGCUAAUUCAAUGUUUACCGUUGAAGGUGGUCAUCGGGCUAUUAUGUUUAAUCGUGUUGGUGGAAUUCAAAAACAAGUUUUCCCUGAAGGAUUACAUUUUCGUCUUCCUUGGUUUCAAUAUCCUAUUAUAUAUGAUAUAAGAUCAAGACCUCGUAAAAUAUCUUCACCUACCGGGUCAAAGGAUUUGCAAAUGGUUAACAUUUCUUUAAGAGUUUUAUCAAGACCUGAUGCUGCUAGAUUACCUGAUAUGUAUCAACAUUUGGGACUUGAUUAUGAUGAAAAAGUUUUGCCUUCAAUUUGUAAUGAAGUACUAAAAUCAGUUGUUGCAAAAUAUAAUGCUUCUCAGCUUAUCACUCAAAGACAGCAGGUAUCUCUACUUAUUAGAAAGCAACUUGUAGAUCGUGCUCGUGAUUUCAAUAUUAUAUUAGAUGAUGUUUCUAUUACUGAAUUAAGUUUUGGUAAAGAAUAUACAGCAGCUGUCGAAGCAAAACAAGUAGCACAUCAAGAAGCACAGCGAGCUGUAUUCUUCGUAGAACGUGCUAAACAAGAACGUCAACAGAAAAUUUUACAAGCUGAAGGAGAAGCCGAAGCUGCUAAAAUGAUAGGAGAAGCUAUAGGAAGAAAUCCCGGUUAUUUGAAACUACGUAAAAUCAGAGCAGCACAGACAAUUUCUCGAACGAUUGCUAACUCUCAAAACAAAGUAUUUCUGAAUGGCAAUGGUCUAAUGUUAAAUAUUAGUGAUCCAGCAUUUGAUGAACAAAGCGAUAAAUUGAAAAGCGAAUUGUAUAACUUAGUGCCCAAAAAUGAACCAAUUAAUAAUGAUCAAUCCUUCGAAAAUGUUGACAUUGUUGCACAUAAAACUGUUAAUGACCUAAUGAGGUAAAAAUAACAAAAAAAAAAGAACUUUUUGUUUAGUAUAUAACUUACUUUCCUUAAAAAUACUAUUCAUUCACUUUAU